CCCGAAAUUGUUCGGGCGACUGGUCUAUUAAGCGUUAACAGACCCGGUAGCAUAUACAUUUUGUUAAUGGGGUUAACCGGCCAUAUUGCAUACCCUUUGUUAAUAGGAUGUUGGCGCCAUUUUUCCUAUUUUAGCAUUCGGCGUGUUUCCUUAUCAAUUCCAUUAUCUGAAUAAUUUCUAAUUGAAUCUGUUUCCGACCGCCUGUCACACCAAACUGCUGUUCUCCCCGGAUUUCCUGUGGUUGUUCAACUCCAAAAAUGUCUGAACAAAGUGAAGAUUAUGAAGCUUUAAUCAGAACCCUUCGUGAAGAGAUCGAUGCUGUACAAAAGAAGCUGAAACAAACUGAAGAAGAGCGUGAUAAAGCUCUUAAGAUUUUAAUUGAAACAUGGAGAACAGAAACACCCAGGUACAAACAGUUGCGAUCAGCUUAUGUAGAGCUUCAGCAGCGGCUAAUCCAGACGGAAGAAAAUUAUUUUAUUGUGGAUCGCGAGGCUUUCGCACGAACCCAAUCGUCCGCCUGUCUGGUGCAACUGGAGUCAGUACAAUCCAAUCUGCAACAUCCGGUGGAAGAUCAAUCCGGUCCGGAGCAACCGGAGGCAGAUCAAUCCAAUCCGGAGCAAUCAAAUCUCAUACCGUUUCGUAUCAAAUUUCCCAUAAAAAGUUUUACAGAACUAACGACAAUUAAUGACUUAGCUAAUGAUAUCAAUUUCAGGGCAUUGGUAAUUAAAGAGUUUCAAAAGAAGUAUCCGCAUCAGAAAAAUAACAGCAAAGUUUGCACAGCCAUUAUUGACUCUUAUAUUACAAGACUUUUGAUUUCUUAUUGUGGAUUCAAACGACUCUCUAAAGAAGCGACAGUUUUAUUGGGGGACUACAAAAAUGUUAUUUUGCUAUUUUUCGAAAUCGCUAACUCUUUUACAGAUACUAUUACUCAUGAAAAAGUUAAUCUUUUUUUUAAUAACUUGGUGCGAGAUAAGAAGCAGAGACUACAGCAUAAAACAACUUUUGUAGAUGAAAUGAUCAUAGAAUUUACUGCACGAACCAAUUAAAAUUUAUUAAUCCAUUCUUUUCCAUUAAUCAAAAUUCAAUCAAUGUUCAAUUCAAUUCAAUUCAACCAUUUCGAAGGUAUUUAAAAGAAACAAUUUAAGCUUACGGAA